AUGGCCCUUCACAGGAACACAAACCAAAUGGAUUUUAACCGGGAGUCCAAAGAAGGGAAACCGUCGACGGAAGAGCGACUCGACAGCGGCAUCGACUCCCUCAAAGAAGAGGACUACCGGGCUGUAGCAGAAGAGAUAUGUCGCCUGCACAUCGAAUGCGAGCCGUCGCCACAAAAACAGUUAAAUUAUGGAGCCGCCGAGAGCCAAGAAUGGAAAACGCAAGUCACCGAGGACGGGGACACGCUACUCCACUUGGCUAUUAUCCACGAGGCCAAGCACUGCAUCAGAAAAAUGAUCCAGCUCUCCAAGAACACAGACUUCCUCGACUUCCAAAAUGACCAGCGGCAGACACCUCUUCAUUUAGCAGUCAUAACAAACCAGUCAGACGUGUGCCAGCGCCUCCUGGCCGACGGCUGCGAUCCCACGUUGGUGGACGAUGGCGGGGACAUGCCAAUCCAUAUCGCCUGUCGCCACGGGAACCUGCCCUGCUUUAGCGUCCUCACGCAGUUUUGCCGUCAGGAGCAUCUUCAAAAAAUGAUGACGGCAUGCAACUACCAAGGUCAGAACUGCCUCCACUUGGCCUCGGUUCACGGUUUCCUCUCGAUGGUGGAGAGUCUCGUGGAUCUGGGAGCUGAUGUUGAUGCAAAGGAGCAGCGCAACGGCCGCAGCGGGCUGCACCUGGCGGUCGACCAGCAGAACCUGGCGUUGGUCAAACUGUUGCUGAAGAAAGGAGCAGACCCCAACCUCCUGACAUUCGGCGGUCACACCCCUUUCCACCUAACCUACGGUCGCGGCAACGACGACAUCAAAAGGGAACUGUUCUCGUUGACCCGUCCCGACCUGAGGGAGUUACCCGACAGCGAAUCGGACGACAGCGAGGACGAAGAGGAUGCAGAAUCGGACGACGAGGUGCCUUAUGAUGACAUCCAGUGGAAUGGCCACUAG